AUGGUUUGCAAAUUGCACAAGGCAAUAUACAGAUUGAAACAAUCACCAAGAGCUUGGUAUGCCAAGCUCAGUUCUGUUCUGGAAAAGGCUGGAUUCGUGCGAAGUAAUGCUGAUUCUUCGUUAUUUGUGAGAACUGGCACUAGUGGGAAGUUGGUGGUUCUUAUUUACGUUGAUGAUCUUAUCAUCAUUGGAGAUAGUACCGUGGAGAUUGAGGCACUAAAACUCUCACUACAUCAAACUUUCAUUAUCAAAGAUUUGGGGAGGUUAAGGUAUUUUUUGGGGAUCAAAAUGGCAACAUCUUCAAAAGGACUGUUUCUACAUCAACGAAAAUAUGUAUUGGACCUUCUUCAUGAGGCAAAAAUGCUUGACUGCAAGACUACUAUCACUCCCGUUGAUUGUAAACUGAACCUCAACAUAGAUGGAGAAGCCAUGCAUGAUGUAACCUACUAUCAGCGAUUAGUAGGCAAGCUCAUAUACCUCACCAUCACUCGUCCAGAUAUCACUUAUGCAGUGAGCUUAGCUAGCCAAUUUAUGCACUCUCCCACUGUUGAUCACCUUAACAUUGUUAAGAGAAUCCUUCGUUAUCUCAAUGGUUCAAUAGGGCAAGGAAUUACAAUGCACAACAAUCAAUCCACUGUCAUUAGUGGCUACACAGAUGCAGACUGGACAAACUCAAUUGCGAUCCUUCCAAUUGACAAUCGUACAUUGCGAAAACAUGAAAAUUGCAAUCUUCUUGCAGUCUUCCUGAAGCAAUAUUUGUACGACGCAGCCAUGGAUUACCCUGGUGUUGCCCCUACGAAAAACUGUGGGUAG